AUGGGCCAACUUUCUGAUAGGGAGGUUGAAAUCUUAAUCAUCAUUGAACGUACCACAGCAUCGAUUUCAGUGUUGGCAACACUUGCUUUGUUUGCUACAUUCAUCUUCAUCAAAUCUUUCAGAACAUUAUCAAAUACAAUCAUCUUUUACGCAUCCUUUGCAAAUAUUUUUGCGAAUGUUGCUGCACUUAUUGGAGGUUCUGCAUUAUCGAAAGUCAACUCACCACUAUGUCAAUUCCAAGGUUUCUUGUUGGAGAUGUUCAUGCAGAGCGAUCCAUGGUGGAGUUUGGCUAUGGCUACGAAUGUAUACCUCGUCUUCUUCUACCGAUUUGAUGCUGUUCAACUGAAGAAACUUUAUCCUUAUUAUGCCUUGAUAUGCUAUGGACUCCCUUUUAUCCCCGCUAUGGUUUGCCUGUUUGUCGAGACAGAUAAGAAAGGAAGGAUCUACGGAAACGCAACGCUUUGGUGCUGGAUCGACGGUCCAUGGGCAGCCCUUCGUAUCUACAGCUACUAUGCCCCUAUUUGGUUUACCAUCCUCGCUGCAUUAUGUAUCUACAUCCGCGUAGGGAUUGAGAUUUUCCGCGCGCGCAACCAGCUCCAUGGAAUUUCCCACAGAACCGAUCCUUCUCUCCACACAGACGCAGCGGUCACAUCACCUCUUCCCCUCCAAGGAACCACCACCAACACCUCUGAAACGACAAACCAAGAAUAUGAAAAUCAACAUGAGCAACCAAUGUUCACCGGUACGCGAACUACCGACAUCGAAGUUACGCACGGAUCUUGGGAAAAUGGAACGGCUCUCAAUACCAAUUCCACUUCUCGUUAUCCUCGCGCUGCCGAUGCUAAUCCUUUGAACUCACCGACCAAAGAUCCGAAUAGUAAUUACCGUGUUACAAUAUCCGCACUGCCGCAUACUGCUACUUCGAGCGGGAAGAGUGGGAGGAGAGCCAAUACAAAUAGUUUUGAUAAGAUUAAAUGGGCCUACACACGAGUCGCCAUGCUUUUCUGCAUUUCCAUUCUAAUUACUUGGGUUCCCGCCUCCGUAAAUCGAGUAUAUGGUUUGCGAUUCCCGGAUAAACCAUCAUUUAUCCUGAACAUAUUAUCUGCCAUCGUUCUCCCUCUACAAGGAUUUUGGAAUACAGUCAUAUACUUCACCACCUCCCUCAGCAUCUGCCGCACCGUGUGGGCUGAUCUCCGCGGCCCGUCUAAACAACAUAAGAAAAGCGAUGGUUUUCGCAUGAUGGAUCAUCCGAAGACGGGGAUCCGGGCGGGAGAAUCGAAGGAGUCGGAAAGUAUAGUGGAAUUGAGUACGAGUCGCUCACAUACGAGUCGGAGUGUUAGUGCCGAGGUUGAUAGUAUUUGA